AAUAAAAAAAGGUCUUAAGUUCAGGUAGUAAUUGAUUGUAAUGAAGACGGCAAAACUUGUGCUUAAAGACCAGGCUUCCGAAAAAGUUCCUCAUUUUCUAAGUUAAUGGAAUGUUCUUUCUCAAAAUUUUUCCACUACUGCUAAAAUCAGGAGGAUCCCCAAAUUUCUGUAUCCAUGACAGCAGUACAGUGCCUCUUUGGUUCUUGGAGCAAAAGAAACUAGUCCCUGAAUUUUAGUAUAAUAUAAAGCACCAAUCAGAUUGAGUGAAGUGUGCGUCUGGUUUUUGGUGCAGAAUGUUUUACUAGGAAUGACAAAACUGUUCCGAUACAUCCUUUAAUAUAUUAACUGUAGAGCACCAUCUAGGCAGCAGUAUAGUGCUGGUCAUGUUUUUGGUGCUAAGCACUUAACAACAACAGUUAAUGAUUUUGAAUACAAGAUGAUAAAGCCACUGUAUAGCAUCCAGGAGUUGUAUAUUCACCAACCAUGCAAAACUAAGCUGCUCUCAAGUAAAGAAAGAAAAAGCAAAAGACAGAAACCAAGAAACAAUUUUCAAUAACUCCAGCAGAAUGCUAGACUAGUUGAUGCUUAAGUUCAUCAGAUGUGUUUCUUAAAUUGAUCACAUUACAUCAGGAAAAGAUUAGAAUAAAUCACAUCAGUCUUAGAUGGUUUAGAAGUUGGCAUUAUAUCUCAUGCCUCAUGCCAGUAGUGAUAUCUGCCUCCAAAGUAACUAGAAAUUUUUGUUUCUUCUUGCCAUAUUUGACUAAAAUGAAGGUUUUCUGGACAUUACCGGAGCCUUGCGUAAAGUUUUUUAUUUGGGCUGGGAGGCAAAUCGGCUACCGUCAUAGCAGUUUGGCAUAUAAUGCGCUUUUAGAUAUUUCGAUGAAUGCUAAAAGAACUAAGAUACUGGAGUGUUUCCUAUUGGAAUUUAGGGAUGGAGAUGAUGAAAUUCUCGGUAAGCUUCUCAAUAUAUUGAUUACGAAGUGUUGUCGAAAUGGAAUGUAGAACCAGGCUCUAGAAGAGAUUGGGAGGUUUAAGGACUUUGGUUAUAGGCCAAAGACUACUUACAUUGCGCUGAUUCACGUCCUUCUCAUGGCAGAACGCAUGGAUUUAGCUUUGGCUGUGUAUAACGAGAUGACAGCUUCAGCUUUUGAAGUGGAUCGUUUCACGCUUGGUUGCUUUGUGCGUUCAUUGUGCAAAAAAGGUAGAUGGAAGGACACACUCAGAUUAAUUGAUAAGGAAGAAAUUGUACCUGAUGCUGUUUUGUAUACGAAAAUGAUUCGGGGGUUGUGUGAAGCAUCUAUGAUGGAUGAAGCAGUAGCUUUCUUGCAUCUCAUGCGUUCAAGUUCCUGUUUUCCUAAUUCAGUUACUUAUGGGACGAUUAUAAUCGGGCUUUUGAAAUCUAGGCAGUCGGGUAGAUGUAAGAAAAUUUUUAAUCAAAUUAUCUCUGAAGGUUGUAGUGUUUUUAACUGCUCUAUGCACGCAGUUUGCAAAUCAGGCGAGUAUGCAUAUGCAUACAAGAUGCUAAAGAAAAUGUCUGGUGCGGGUCACCACCCUGGAUAUGUGGCAUACAAUAUCUUGGUCGGUGGAAUAUGUGAUAAAGAGGAUCUUCCAGGUGCUGAAGAUAUGCAAUUGGCUGAAGCUAUAUAUGCCGAAAUGCUUGAUGCUGGAUAUGUACUGAAUAAGAUAAACGUGGAACACAUUGCUCGGUGUCUUUGUGGUCAUGGAAAACCUGACAGGGCAUACAGAAUCAUAGGGGAAAUGAUGUGCAGAGGGUUCAUGCCAGAAACAAGUACCUACAACAAAGUGAUUGAAUUGCUCUGUCAGUCCAAGAAGGUUGAGAGAGCGUUGCAUCUGUUUGAAGAAAUGAAGAAAAACAACAUUGUUCCUAAUGUUUUUACUUAUACAAUCCUGAUUGACAAUUUUUGCAAGGUUGGACUUCUUCAACAGGCUAGGAAAUGGUGAAAUGAGAUGGUAAGCAACGGCUCUCAUCCAAAUGUUGUCACUUAAACACUGAUACAUGCUUAUCUUAAAGCAAGACAGGUCUUUGAGGCAAACAAACUUUUUGAAGUGAUGCUGGCUGAAGGUUGCACUCCAAAUAUAGUCACAUAUACUGAUCUUAUUGAUGGACAUUGCAAGGCUGGGAAUGUUGACAAGGCUUGCCAGAUAUAUGCUAGGAUGCGAGGAAGUGGGAGCAUUCAUGAUAUUGAAAUGUAUUUUGAACCAGGUGCCGCUGACACAGAUAUGAAGCCAAAUGUAGUGACUUAUGGUGCUUUAAUUGAUGGUUUGUGUAAAGCCCACAAGGUGGUUGAGGCUAAAGACCUCUUGGAAGCCAUGUCAAGAGAUGGCUGUGAACCUAAUCAUGUUGUUUACGAUGCACUCAUUGAUGGGUUCAGCAAGCUUGGGAAGUUGGAUGAGGCACAAAGGGUUUUCCAACUGAUGGCUGCACGUGGGUACAGUCCCAAUGUGUUCACAUACAGCUCCUUAAUGGACAGAUUAUUCAAGGAUAAAAGGCUUGAUCUUGCAUUAAAGGUCUUAUCUAAGAUGUUAGAGAAUGGGUGUGCCCCUAAUGUCAUAACAUACACUGAAAUGAUUGAUGGUCUCUGCAAAAUAGGAAAAACAGAUGAAGCUCAUAAACUUCUAUUGAUGAUGAAGGAAAAGGGAUGCCAUCCAAAUGUUGUGACUUAUACUGCAAUCAUAGAUGGAUAUGGAAAGGUUGGUAAGAUUUAUGUUUGUCUUGAUCUGUUGGAACAAAUGACCAAGAAAGUUUGUGCUCCAAAUCUGGUCACGUAUAUACUGAUAAACCAUUGCUGUGCUGCUGGACUUUUAGAUGAAGCACGUAAUUUUCUAGAUGAGAUGGAACAGAUAUACUGGCCAGAGCAUUCAAUAGGGUACGGUGAAGUAAUUCAAGGGUUCAGUAAAGAAUUUAUAGCUUCCCUUGGCCCCUUAGAUGAGAUUACAAGAUACAGCUCUGUACCAAUUCUACCUGCUUAUGGUGUUCUUCUUGAUGCCCUCUGUAAAGGUGGUAGGUUGGAGGUGGCUCUUGAAUUGCAUAAGGAGGUACUGCAGUCCUCCCCUGUGCAUUCAUCUUUUUAUAGGAAAACAUACUCCUCCUUAAUUUAGGCCCUAUGUUUGGCAUCUAAAGUCGAGAAUUUUGAGUUGUAUAGUGAUAUGAUAAGCCGAGGCUGCAUUCCAGAAUUGACAGUCUUAGUUCACCUCAUUAAGGGGCUCUGCCUAAUGAACAAGUGGAGUGAGGCACUUCAGCUGGCAAGCAGCAUAUGCAGCAUCGUAAAUAUUUCAAACUUUGUUGAAUAAAUGAUUCUCCCAAUCCUCAUAACACCAGCUGAAAGUUACCUUUAAUGAACUUGUAUAACACGCAUGAACACACAUGCAAUAUCAAGUUGACCUCACUUUGGUCAACGUAUACACACACACACACACAUGCACACGUCUCACCACUUACUGUUCUUUUGCAAAAGAUGGAUUUUACCAUGGCCCUUUCAAGAAACUAAGUGGUGGGCAUAAUGGAUAUCAUUCUAGUUGGCAUAAGUGAGACACCACGUAGGCCAGGGACAAGAACCAGAUCACCUUAACUAAAUUAUCAAUAUUUUUUCUGUGCAAUGUAACUGGUAGGUAUGAUCUUAAGAGCAUAACCACAGAAAACACUUUUUUUUUUUUUACGAAACACGUUCAAAACAUUGAAAACAAGCCAGCUGAAAAAGGUACAAAAAGCGUCUUUUUGAAAAAAUGCUAAAAUGAAAAAACACUUCUUUUUUGCAUUUUUUUGUUUUUUGGGGUUUUUUUUCACGUUUUCACUUUUUUCAUGUUUUUUACAUUUUAAUUACCAGAUUGUUAUUUUCACAUUUAUGUUUAGGAUCUUUUCUUAUUAAUUCCUGAGAUUUUUAACGCUGCCAUGUUAUACCCAAAAAAAACUUAGUGAUUUAAAACCUGAAAAUGAUAUUUGUUGCUAUGCUUAAGUGUGAUUUUAAUAUAAACAUAUAUUAGUUCAAUCAUUUUUAGGUUUUAGAUGUGCUUUUCUAAUCAUAGAAAGAUUAGUGGCUUUUAGACGGCUAAAAUUUUGGUAUUAGAAAAAUCAACAUUUUCUUGAAAAUAACUUGAAUUAGAACAUGUUUUACACUAAAUUAGUAAUCAUAAACAUGUUAAAUGCUUAUCUUUUUCUGAAAUAUUUUGUCACAUAAAUUUAAGUGGUCUGUUUUUGUCUCUGACCUAGGUGGUUUGGGUUAUACAGGUUCCUCUGUCUCUGUCUAAAUUUAGUGCUGCCCACCGUAUGUCCACUUUUUUCCUUUAUAAAAGUUGAACCACAUUCAUGGCCCUUUACAGAUAAAGAGCGAGUGGUGGGAAACAUAUACUUCUAAAUGUUUUCCUGUCUUAUUAUGGACUCCAACUCUAAGAAUUGAUAUUAUUGGAAUUUUAUCCAGAAAAUUUGAUCUGGUCUCGUGUACAUUUCACAUGUUUUUAAUCAAAUUCAGGAGCAAGAAAAUAACUUUGAAGACCAAAAAGUAGUCCAAGAUAGGGUAAUUGCAAAAUAAUGGUGAGCAGGAUUUGCUUCCUAAACAGCUUUUCAUACUUUUUAUGUAUUCUUCAUUCUAAAGAUGCAGCAAAUCUCAAAUGAUGUGAUAAAUGUGUGUGUGUGUGCAUCUGUUGCAUCUGUGCUAUUUUGUAAGUUAUGCAUUUUAAACUGAAAUUUAGAAGCAUAUAUUGUCUUGCAAAAGAAAAGAACAAAACUCUAUUUGUAAAAGAAAUUAUAAAUGAUGUAGAAUCUCAAAGCUUCACAAUAUUUUUUCUG